AUAUGCCCACGGUGCCACUUCCUGACGGUGGCAGCAUGUUACUGGCGUCUGCUCACCCGCCAACCCACCACCGUCCACGACUUCCCAAGGCUGACAGUCAGCGGGAAGCUGGGAGAGGGGAGGGGGCAGUCCCUUGUUAUGCGGAGCACUUAAGUACUGAUAUUUUUUCUUUCCUUUUUCUCAUCCAUGAUAAGGGGAUGAUGGCAGUGGUGGUUUCAGGUGCUUCCGCUGCGCUCGGUCGCUCGUUCCGCUUGACUCCGAAAUGUGAUCGCGGCUUUCGCCAGAGCUCGGGUCGUUUUGGAUGUGGGUGCACAGCAUGCUCGGGGUGGGGAAGUUGUGUCUGCCGAGCGGAUGGGUGUCACCGUCGGCCGGUGGCGACCGAGGUCGGGGAUGAGUUACUUCCCUUCUCAGAACCCGGAAGGAGAGGACGCAGAGUUGGAGCCGUCGGGGAUUCGCUUCCCGGGUGUCUUCCGGUUCUGGCCGGGUCUCGCCCAGACUCCAGCCUUAGUCCCCCCCCCACCUCGCCCCGCCCCUCCCCCCCCCCGCUCGGCUCUGCGGCUGCGCAGUUUCUGCCAUUUCCCCAGCUGCCCGUGGGUGUCGGAUCCUCGGAGUUUUUUGGUUGAUAUCCCGCAGUUUUGCCAUGUGGAAACGGCGGCAGGGUCGUUUCAGACCGGUGGCCUGCGGGGUGGAGGAGUUACGCUGCCGCCGGCGGGAGCGGGAGAGCUGCGGAAGGCGCGGAGGGAACAGCAGCUGAUCAGCAAGAGGCUGCUGAGAGACGACGUGCCGGAGGAAGCAGGAGAGGGCUGUGCGGCCGCCGCCCUCGGGGAAGCCGAGGUGCAGCGGUUCCUGUGGCUAGCCCAGCGUGGGACAGAGGAAAAGGAGAGAGAGGAAGCGCUCGUCAGCCUUCGACAAGGCUUGCAGCACCAGGAGACACAGCAAACCUUCAUUCGGCUGGAGGGCAGCAUGCGAACCCUAGUCGGCCUCCUGACCAGCAAUCGGGCCCUGCUACAGCUGGAGGCAGCCCGGUGCCUGCAUGAGCUUUCACAUUCUGAGCAGUCCACAGUGGCCGAGGCUUGCCUACCCGCCACUUCCUACCUCCUCACCUACCUCUCCGGUCACAGUUCAGACUUCAUAGAGCUGUGUCUGUAUACACUGGGUAACCUGAUCGUGGACAGUGAGGCUGUGAGAAGGCAGCUCCUGCCGCAGGGCAUUAUUCCUGCCUUGGCUACCUGCAUGCAGUCCCCACACGUGGCUGUGCUGGAAGCCCUUGGAUACGCCUUGUCGCAGCUCCUCCAGGCUAAGGAAGCUCCAGAGAAGAUCAUCCCCUCUGUCCUGGGAUCCACUCUCCCCCAGCACAUGCUGCAGUUGUUGCAACCUGGUCCAAAGCUGAACCUUGGGGUUGCUGUGGAGUUUGCCUGGUGUCUUCACUACCUUGUCUGCAGCCAGGUCAACAAUGCUUUGCUCAUCGCUCAUGGGGCUCUGACUACUCUGGCACUGCUGCUGCUGGAGUUGGCUGCGGCCGUCCAGGGAACAGAGGAUGCAGGACUAGAGCUGCUGGCAUGCCCUGUGCUUCGGUGUCUGAGCAACCUGCUGACCGAAGUGACAGAGGAGGCCGCAGGAGAGCACCUGCAGCUCAGGGAUGAGCGGGUUGUGGUAGCCUUAUUUGUCCUUCUGCAGUUCUUCUUCCAGAAGCAGCCCAGCCUGCUGCCAGAGGGCCUCUGGUUCCUCAACAACCUUACUGCCCACAGUCCUAGUGUCUGCACCUCUUUGCUCUCUCUGGAUCUGAUCGAGCCACUUCUGCAACUGUUGUCAGUAUCUAAUGUGGUGAGCGUCCUGGUGCUCACAGUUCUGUGCAAUGUUGCAGAGAAGGGUCCUGCUUACAGCCAGCGGCUGUGGCCAGGGCCCCUGCUCCACUCUGUGCUGAAUGUCCUGACCUUCUCUGACACUGAAGUCGUCGGUCAGAGUUUGGAAUUGCUUCACCUGCUAUUCUUGUAUCAACCAAAGGCCACUGAAGCCUUUGUGCAGCAUGCCGGGCUGCAGGCUCUGGAAAGGCACCAGGAGGAGGCCCAUCUGCGGGACCGGGUGCUUGCACUCCAGCAGGCAGCUCUGCACAGGUGACCCGGCUUUCCAGUGUCACUCACUGCCCC